GACAACACCAAAUUAUUCAUCUAUCAAUCAUUUGAAAAUAUACCCUUAAAGAACAUUCCCCGCCCCAAAUUUUCAUAACAAUAGCAGCCAUGGUUCAUAUGACUAUUGUUCGCAACUCUCACGGCGAAGGAAAAACCACUACUACGGGAGCAUCAAAAGGCACCUUUACUGGCUCAGUCUACCUCGAUCGUAUCCAUACAGACGAAAGUGUUGGCAUAUACAACGUUAACUUUACCCCAUGCUCGCGAACGUUCUGGCAUCGACAUGAGAAAGGGCAAUUACUACGUGUUGUCGCAGGCUCGGGAUUUAUCUGCGAUAAGGGCGGAGAGAGGCAACGGAUCAGCGUCGGGGACGUGGUUUGGUGUCCCCCUGGAACAGUACACUGGCAUGGUGCAGACGAUGGAAGUUAUAUGGUACAUAUGGCGGUGUCAUACGGGAAGACGGAAUGGUUUGAGGAGGUGACAGAGAGCGAAUUCAAUAAAUCAAACAGUGGAUAA